CGUGAGCUUUAGAGAGUAGUCGGAACGUUUUUGUUGACACACAGGAUGUGAAGCGUUGUUUCUGCAUUCAUUCGUUACACACGAGGAUUUUUUCAGUACUAAACUGUUAUAAUUGUUUUUUAAAACAGAUUUUAUUAUGAAUUAUUUUCAUCUCCACGCAUUACAGUUAUAAAAGCUUUAAUUUCGCGGGAAGGCCGCAGAAAUCGGCGCCAUGCCGCUGUCGGACUUUCUGGACAGCCUGAAGGACAACCCUUACUUUGGCGCCGGGUUUGGACUGGUCGGGGUCGGGACCGCGCUGGCCGUGGCCAGAAAGGGAGCCCAGGUGGGGAUGAUCUUCUUCCGUAGGAACUACAUGAUCACCCUGGAGGUGCCCAGCAGGGAUAAGAGCUACACCUGGCUGCUGAGCUGGAUCACGAAGCACGCCCGGCACACCCAGCACCUGAGCGUGGAGACCUCCUACCAGGCUCACGAGAGCGGACGGGUUCACACGCAGUUCGACUUCCACCCGAGCCCCGGGGACCACAUCAUCUGGUAUGGGAGGAAGUGGAUCAGAGUGGAGCGGACCAGAGAGAAGCAGAUGGUUGAUCUUCACACUGGAACUCCGUGGGAGUCUGUCACCUUCACUGCGCUGGGCAGAGACAGACAAAUCUUCUUUAACAUCCUACAAGAAG